AUGUCUAACAUGCGGGCCUGCGACGGCAAGUUUGCCGACUGCGCCAAGUACGUGCCGCUACCCGCGACCGCCUCCGACGCUACCGGCCCGUCUCAGCCCGCCUCGCCACCUUCGAGCCGGCCUGUUCGCUCCAAGACGAGCCCGGGCGGCUCGCAGCACCGCGGAGCUCCGGUUUCCCUCGCCGCCGAGCCGGCUUACGCGCCCGUGGAGGAGAUGCGCGACAGGACCGACCAACGCUACGACCUCAAGCGGCGGCGGACGUCGGAAGAGGCGGCGGACGGCCGCCUGAUGGAGCUGCUCGUCCUCGCCUCCGCCUCCGCGUCGCCGGACGCGCCGCUGUCGCUGCAGCUGGAGAGGUGGCUGGCAGUCUGGGCCAAGCCGCCGUUGCGUGACGACAAGACGGCCGACGGCGAGAUACGUGGUUCGUCACACGGCGCGCGGCCGGGAGGCGAAGAACCCACACUCGAGAAGUACGAAGAACAGCUCAAGUGGGAGAAGGAGGAGGGUGGCAGCCUCUCUUCCACCUCGCGUGCGGGCAGGUUUGAGGACGUCUGCAAGUAG